CUCAGGAGUCAGGACUGGGGUCAGGGAACAUUUAACAAUUUGGUAUAUCUCCUACUCUUCCGCGGCUUUUGGCCAUUUCAAGUGUUUUCAACUGUAAUCCUCCAUUUUCUCUUCUUUCUUCCGCAUGCAGGUUUCAGACAUGACAGCUUUCCGCUUACUUCGCUUUCAAUCUUACAAUUUCAACCAUAAAACCUUCCAUCUUCUCUCCUCACCAGCAAAUUCAAUCACAUUCUGCAAUCAAAUUCUUCAAAACCCACAAUAUUCCCGCCACUUUCUACACCCAACAACUUCUAAUUUCUUCCACUCAUUCACCCAAAAAAACUCCGCGGAAUCAUCUCUUCUUGCUUUUAAGCCUCAAAAUGAAGAUAAUCCAUCAAAAUUUCCAAUCCCAGAACCACUUAUUGAACAAAACCCUAGUUGGACUGUUUACAAUUCCACCUCUAUAAACCCUAAAUUAAACAACAAUGAACAAAAAACGAAUGGGAAUUUGGUUAAUUCAGUUCAAAAUUCGUCAACGAAUGCGUUUACUAGGGAUUUCAAUGGGAAAAGGAAGAAAGGAAAGAGUAAAGUGAAUUGGGUGUGCUCUAAAUGUGGACAUAGUGAAGCAAAAUGGUGGGGUUCUUGUAAUGCUUGCAAAGCUUUUGGAACUAUGGACCCAUUUACAGUGUCGGAGAAUGAAGAUAGAGGAAAGGUUAGUGGGUUUGAGGUUUCCGAGACUGCGGUGCGGUCUUGGUUGCCUCAACAGAGGACUGGACAAAGUGCUCCGGUGAGGUUAAUUGAUGUCAAUCGUGGGUUUGAUGAUUCCGCUUGGCGGAUUCAAUUGUCAGGUAUAUUUGGAGGCGAAGUUGCUAGAGUUCUAGGUGGUGGUCUUGUGCCUGGUUCAUUGGUUUUGCUUGGUGGUGAUCCUGGUGUUGGCAAGAGCACUCUGUUAUUGCAGAUUGCUGCCUUAAUAGCAGAAAGUUGUGAUCCUCAAGCAGGGGCUCCAGUGGUUUAUAUAUCUGGUGAAGAGAGUGUGGAGCAAAUUGGAAAUAGGGCAGACCGGCUGAGGAUUGAAGCAGAGAACCUGUUUCUGUAUUCAAGUACUGAUGUUGAGGAUAUUUUAAGCAAGGUGCAGCUUCUUAAUCCCUGUGCUGUGGUUAUUGAUUCGGUUCAGACUGUGUAUUUAAAAGGAGUUCCUGGAAGUCCCGGAGGAAUGGCACAGGUGAGGGAAUGCACAGCAGCAUUGCUCCGAUUUGCAAAGCAGACAAACAUCCCUGUUCUACUGAUUGGACAUGUGACCAAGUCUGGAGAUAUUGCUGGACCUCAAUAUCUGGAACACAUUGUAGAUGUUGUUCUAUAUAUGGAGGGGGAAAAGCAUUCGUUACAUCGCUUACUUCGCUCUGUGAAAAACCGCUUUGGGUCUACUGAUGAGCUGGGAGUAUUUGAAAUGUCAGAGUCUGGGCUGAAAGCUGUUUCAAAUCCUAGUGAAAUGUUCAUGAGUCAGGAACAUUCAAACUCAGAGCUUUUGGCUGGACUUGCUGUUGCUGUAAUCCUUGAUGGCUCCCGCACUUUUCUUAUUGAAGUCCAGGCAUUAUGUGUAGCGGAAUCUGUUGGUAGAACUUGUAACGGUAUUCAGGGAAGCAGAGCUGAUAUGAUUAUUUCGGUUCUUAAGAAGCAAGCUGGUAUGAAAAUGCAAGACUGUAAUGUUUACCUGAAUGUUGUUAGUGGAGUAUCUCUCACCGAAACUGCUGGAGAUUUAGCUGUGGCGGCAGCAAUUUGCAGCAGUUAUUUGGAGGUCCCUAUUCCAAACCAUGUCGCAUUUAUUGGAGAAAUCGGCCUUGGUGGUGAGCUUCGAAUGGUUACCCGAAUUGACAAAAGGGUUAAUACGGUGGCUAAACUUGGAUAUAAAACGUGCAUUGUUCCAAAGUCAGCUGAAAAAUCUCUGCCAGCUUCUAGCUUUGAGGGGCUAAAGAUAGUGGGAUGCAAGAAUUUGAAACAAGUCAUCAAUGAAGUCUUUAAAAUUUGAGAAAAGAAAAGUAUGGUAUCUCAGUUUACCUUUUGGUGCAAUCUUAUUAUGUGAUUGUUUAUAUUAUUAUGUAAUGUAGAUUUAGGAAUGUGAAUGGAUGUAAAUGUACAUAGGAUGUGUUAGAUUAAGCUAAGACUAGUCACUACUCACUAGAUACUUUCAUGUAUUGAAACUUGGAAGUUGAGGCCACUUAAAGAGCUUCAUGUAAUGCAUAAAACAAGCGCAAUCUACAAAUGUGCGUUCCAUUUUGCUAAUCUAAUGUUUUUGUUAGUUGUUGUGGAUGCUAUUUGCUAAUGCUAAUUGCUAAUUGUCCUGGUUCGAUUGGUAUUUCAAAGUUUGUUUAGAGUUAGCACCAUAACACAGUGGCAUCCAUCUUACGAAGUUGAGGGAAUUGUUGGUGUGUG